UCUCAGAUUUUCAUUAAGGUUUAAAUUGCAUCAAAAGACGAGAGAAGAACAUCCUCUGAGUCAGAGUUCUGCUGGUUCUUCUCUCAAGAUGAUAUCCAUGAGGAUCCUCUGUGUGUUGCUCUGCCUCAACUUAGCCUGGGCACAGGAUGGAGAGAGCACCUUUGAAAAAGAGGGUGCAGGCGUGCGUGGUCCCAGGAUUGUGGAACACAUGCAGCAGUCCACCUGCAAGUAUGAGAAGAACUGGCCCAUCUGCGCCGACGACGACUGGGGUACAAAAUGUCCAUCUGGCUGCAGAAUACAAGGACUGAUUGAUGACAUGGACCAGGAUAAUAGUCACAGAAUAGACAAAAUUAGGCAGCUGCUCGCAGACAAUCAGAACAACUAUAAAACGUCCAAUCGGAUAAUUGUGGAAACCAUAAAUGUACUAAAACCAGGCCUGGAGGGUGCCCAGCAGCUUGAUGAGAAUUACGGUCACGUGUCUGCAGAACUGAGGCGGAGAAUUGUGACAUUAAAGCAGAGAGUUGUCACUCAAGUGAACAGAAUUAAAGCUCUUCAAAGCAGCAUCCAGGAUCAGGUGCUGGAGAUGAAGCGCUUGGAGGUGGACAUUGAUAUUAAAAUACGAGCUUGCAAAGGAAGCUGUGCUAGAAGUUUUGAUUACCAGGUGGACAAAGAAAGCUAUGACAGCAUCCAGAAGCAGCUUACCCAGGCCAGCUCCAUCAACAUGCACCCAGACCUUCAAACAACCACCUUGAGCACACUGAAAAUGAGGCCACUUAAGGACUCGACUGUUCCCGAGCAUUUUAAGCUUAAGCCUCUGCCAGAAAUGCAAGCUCUGAAUGCAUUUAAUAACAUCAGGCAGAUGCAAGUGGUGUUAGAAAGACCAGAAACAGGCUCGAGCCCCUCCCGAGGCGAGACCAUGUAUCACGUGGCAGAAUCAAGGGGGGAUGGACAUUCCCACACCAGCAAAUUAGUUACUUCUCCUCACGGGAGAGACACCCCUAGCCUGGGAGACAAAACCACCACUGUUCAUAGAUGCACCAAAACUGUCACCAAGAAAAUUGUUAGUGGCCCUGAUGGCCCCAGGGAAGAAAUAGUUGAGAAAAUGGUUUCUUCUGAUGGCUCAGACUGCUCCCACUUGCAAGGACUAGGGGGUAUUGGAGGUGAAGGAAGCAUGUACCAUAUCAGUGGGCCAGGUGGCUUCCACAACCUAGACAAGUUUUUCCCUGACUUAGAGCCCUUUCUUACCCACGAAUCUGGAUCCAGUGGCAGUAGGCACUCUAGUGGAUCUAGCACCAUUUCAACUGGCAGCCGCGUCACAGGGGCAAGCAGCAGCCACCUGAGUGCUGGAACAUCCAGCCACACAGCGUCUUACGGAGGGAAAGACAAAUUCACUGACUUAGGAGAGGGGGAAGAAGAUGACUUUGGAGGACUCCAGUUUCAGCCCGGAUUCUCGUCUAGUAGUGCAAGUCACUCCAAGACUGUAGUUACCAGCUCCUCUUCUAGUUUCAACAAGGGAGGCUCCACUUUUGAAACCAAAUCACUAAAGACCCGUGAAAUAUCUGAGCAGCUAGGUGGGGUGCAACAUGAUCAGAGUGCAGAGGACACCCCAGACAUUCAGGCUCGCAGCUUCAGAGCGGGAAAAGUGAAGCAAAGGACAGCCAGCACUGGGAAAGACUGCGAUGAUAUCCGCCAGAAACACACUUCUGGUGCCAAAAGUGGCAUUUUCAAAAUCAAGCCAGCGGGAUCCAAUAAGGUUUUGUCAGUUUAUUGCGACCAAGACACCACUUUGGGAGGAUGGCUAUUGAUCCAACAGAGAAUGGAUGGAUCAGUGAAUUUUAACCGGACCUGGCAAGACUACAAGAGAGGUUUCGGCAGCGUGGAUGCCAAAGGGCAAGGAGAGUUGUGGCUGGGCAAUGAAAACAUUCACUUGCUGACUCGGAAUGACACUCUGCUUCGCGUAGAGCUAGAGGACUGGGAUGGAAAUGCUGUAUAUGCAGAGUACAUCGUGCAGGUAGGGUCUGAAGCAGAAGGGUACGCCCUCACCGUGUCCUCCUACGAGGGCACGGCCGGGGACGCGCUGGUCACCGGCUGGCUGGAGGAAGGCACCGAGUACACGUCCCAUGCCCAGAUGCGGUUCAGCACCUUCGACCAGGACCACGACCGCUGGGAGGAGAGCUGUGCGGAGAUGUAUGGGGGUGGCUGGUGGUACAACAGCUGCCAGGCAGCCAACCUCAAUGGCAUUUACUACAUGGGGGGACAUUACGACCCCCGGUACAAUGUUCCCUAUGAGAUCGAAAAUGGAGUUGUCUGGAUGCCGUUUAGAGCCUCUGAUUACUCCCUGAAAAUUGCUAGAAUGAAAAUCAGACCCAUGGACACCCUGUAGAAGGACAGGCAUUUAUUAUAUGUGUCACAACUAAAAGAUGAAAAGAUCUUAUAUACAUAUGUGCGUGAUGUACCUUUACGCUAUGAAUGUGAAGGCAACUGGACACACAGCUUGUGGCUUACCAAAUAAACACUGAUUAAUUAUUAACAAA